CUCCUAACAGGCUAUCUAGCGAAACAUGCAGGACUUGGUUUAGAAAGGCAAAGCUUUAUUAUCAGUUAAAUAUGAGCUCGUGCGACUUUACCGCGUGCCAUUCUGAACUUUAAGAGAUGUCGUUCUUCUUCGGUUAGAUUACUGAGCACGUUGUUUUAUUGUAUCAUGGUAUUCACGUUUAAAUAGGUGGUGAAUCAGAGGCAUGCUAACUAGUUGAAGCUAGCUGUACCUUUACAGUUUACUAACGUUAACUUAGUACAAUGUUGCCUGAAUUGUUGCAAGGCACUGAUGCUGGAGGGUUUCUCAUAAUUCAAGAUUCUGCUAGUUAUUCUGGUAGACACCUCCUGAAGAGCUUCAUCAAUGCUGCAUUGAACAGGGAGGAAGCUGUCCAUGUCCUCGGCUUUGAGGUUAGUGAGGAAGAGCUGAAAGAUGGAUUGAAAGGAUCACCUGUUCAGAGGCUACACUUUCACAAUGCUUAUUCAGACCCCCUGGGCUGGACUGAUCAACCAGCUUUCACCGUUCACCAGUUCUGUUUGGAGGAACUUACACGUCUGGUCAAGCAAACAUCGCACCCCAAACCAGCUACCUUAGUGAUCGACUCUCUUUCCUGGAUAUUGAGACACCUCAGUCCUCCUGCUGUCUGCAAGACUCUUCAGCAACUUCGAAAAGGGGGAGCUGUGAGAGCUAUUAUCGGUCUGCUCCAUGCGGACAUGCAUCAGAGGGGUACUGUAGGAAGUGUAUGCCACUUGGCCACCUCAGUCAUCACUGUGGCACCUGGGAUGAAGGGAGACGAAGCUGUGGCAAAGAUAACAAAGCGCUCAAAAUCGGGGAAAGUUGUGCUAGACGAGGUGAUUUUCAGCAUCAAAAAUGAUCUAACAGUCGUAGUACAGAGCAAGCCCAGCCAACUUGGACCCAAACAGAUUGACCCCGAGGAACAGGAGACGGACCCAACAGCCAACUUGACCUUUAACCUUCGACUAUCGAAUACAGAGCGUGAGGCCAAAGAGAAACUUGCACUACCAUUUGUCUUCAGCAAAGAGAAGAAAACAGCUCUGCUCCACUCAAGCCCAGGUUCAGGACGGAUUCUGUAUGAGCCUGAUGCCAACGAUGACUAUGACCAGGAGGACCCUGAUGAUGAUCUGGAUGUGUAGGCUUCUGGAACAGAACCCACUGGAGGCACAAAGGAUCCACGUUUCAUGUCCUCCUUGCUGUUCAAGACACUGAGUCGUUUUCAGGAGUGAAGAUUCAAAUACUUGCUGCCAUCUCAUCUUAAAGAUAUCAAAUAAUGUAAAAUAUUUCUGUAAGAAAUCUGUAUUAUGUUUAUAAACUGGUUU